CCAUUACAAAGCGCCACGUCAGAAAAUAUCUACUGGAGUGGAGAAGCGUAUAAAUAUCUCUGAAGCUCUUACCAGAUUAACGUUGUUGUGUUUCUCUACCUUGGAAAGUUCAGAGUAUCACCACAUCUGCAAACAAACCGCGCACUGACUAAAGAAAGAUCACGAUCACCAGCGGUGGUGGGUUUCUUCGAUGGCCGUGUCGUCGGAUGUUACCAUUACGAGGAAGGGGAAGUCGCGUACGGGGCGAGAUGGAUGUUUGUCCGUGGCUGAGACCCUCUCCAAGUGGAAAGAACAGACCGUCCAGCUUGAUUCUUGCAACGAUAAACCCAUUCGUAGAGCUCCAGCUAUUGGGUCGAAGAAGGGAUGUAUGAAAGGAAAGGGAGGGCCUGAGAACUCGAGAUGUGAUUACAGAGGAGUUCGGCAGAGGACAUGGGGUAAGUGGGUUGCGGAAAUUCGGCAGCCAAACAAGGGGAAAAGGCUUUGGCUUGGUACUUUUGCUAAUGCAGUUGAAGCUGCGUUUGCUUAUGAUGAAGCUGCAAAGGCAAUGUAUGGUUCUCGUGCCCGCCUCAAUUUUCCGGGUUGUUGUUCAGUCACUACUUCAUCAGGAACUUGUGAUUCUACGACUACAUUCAACCACUCCGGGGUCUGUGCAGCCGAAGAAAUAGAUGUGAAGCCUCUUAUCCCAAAUUUGAGAAAUGAGAGUGGGGAAGUUGAAUCAAGAAUGUGUACUCGGCUAGAUGCAGUAGUUGAAGCUGACAUGCCGAAUAGGAUGUCACAGUCAGAAGCAAAGGAUGAACCCUGCAACAUCAAACCGGGAUUUACUGACAUUCCAAACUUUUAUUGGGAGGAUGGACAGGAUUAUUCUGCGAGGCCAGAAGCAAAGGAUGAUCUCCAUGACAUCAAACAGGAAGCUAGUGGCGUUGGGAACUGUUAUUGGGAUGGUGGACAUGAUUAUUCUAUGGAUGAAAUGUGUGAUUUGGAUGAACUUAGGGGGCUCCUAGACGAUAUUCCUCUAUGCAACAUGGAAUCGAUACUGGGUUUGGGUUUCGAUGAUGGCCAACUGGGGUCCUCGACGGCAGCCCCUGAAAGGAACCAAUAUUGGGGGCAGCCAGUAGAUCUGCCAUACCAGUUCUAGAAUUUAGAUUCCAAAGUUGAUGUCAAGUCUGAAUAAUGUGGAGUAAACAACUAAUUACAAUUCCAGAGUUGCCUUUGACUUCUUGCAAAAAGAUAGUCAGUCAGGAUCACUAUUAGAAUGAUGGAUGGGUACUGGAUGAACUUGAUUUGGGAUGAUGAGAUUUCAGACUGUGAGAGCUGAUAAUCCUUGUUUGUUUUGAUAAAUCUGUUUGAUAUGCAGACUUGAGACUUGUAUUCCUACUCACUGUUAGAGAUGGUGGUCUACUUGUAAUUAACUACCAAUAGAAAUACAGCAUGUGUAAAUAAACUAACUAUAUAUAUUCAUUUCGUAGUCAUGUGUACAUGCAUAGAAAUCAAGAAAGACACGAAUCUUGAAAUC